CCGGGGCCCCCCGCGAUGCUGCUGGGCGCCGGGGCGAGGGCGGCACUGCUGCCGCUGCUGCUGCUGCAGCUGCUGCCGCUGCUGAUGACGGUGCUGCCCCGGCUGCCCCUGCUGCCCCUGCUCCUGCUGGGCCUCGGCGGCGCCGUCCCCGGGGCGGCCGCGGUGGCGGGGCUCGGGCUGCCCGAGAGCGUCAUCUGGGCCAUCAACGCGGGCGGCGAGGCGCAUGUGGACGUGCACGGGAUCCACUUCCGCAAGGACCCUCUGGAGGGCCGGGUGGGCCGAGCCUCGGAUUAUGGGAUGAAGCUGCCCAUCCUUCGGGCCAACCCUGAAGACCAGAUCCUCUAUCAGACGGAGCGCUACAACGAGGAGACCUUUGGCUAUGAGGUCCCCAUCAAAGAGGAAGGGGACUACGUGCUGGUGUUGAAGUUUGCCGAGGUCUAUUUUGCACAAUCCCAACAGAAGGUGUUUGAUGUGCGCUUGAAUGGUCACGUGGUCGUGAAGGAUCUGGACAUCUUUGACCGGGUUGGUCACAGCACAGCUCAUGAUGAAAUCAUCCCCAUUAGCAUCAAAAAGGGAAAGCUGAGUGUCCAGGGGGAAGUGUCCACCUUCACCGGGAAACUCCACAUCGAGUUUGUCAAGGGGUACUAUGACAAUCCCAAAGUCUGUGCACUAUAUAUCAUGGCUGGGACCAUAGAUGAGGUGCCAAAGCUGCAGCCUCACCCAGGCCUGGAGAAGAAGGAGGAGGAGGAAGAGGAGGAAGAGUACGAAGAAGGUUCCAGCACCAAAAGGCAGUCCAAUAAGAACCGGGUCCAGUCGGGCCCUCGCACUCCCAACCCCUACGCCUCGGACAACAGCAGCCUCAUGUUUCCCAUCCUGGUGGCCUUUGGCGUCUUCAUUCCGACCCUCUUCUGCCUCUGUCGGCUGUGAGAGCACAGGGCCAUCCUGAGGGUGGGGAGAAGGGAGGAGGAAUGAGACCAAACAUGGUUGGUUUUGGUUUCUUCAUGUUUUUCACAAUUUCUUAACAAAAAAUUUUUUAAAGAGGCAGAAUGAGGAGAGAGUGGAUUUGCCCAGCCCAGCCCAGCUCAGCUCAGUCGUGGCCUCAUUUCACUCCCCUCGCUUUCUUCAUGGCUGGCAUCCAAUGGCUGCCUUCCUCUCCAGGGUACUUGGGGUGAAAUCGGACCUUUCUCAUCUAAGGAGCUAGAGGCUGCUCCGUGGGGACUCUGAUCUGUGUCCCUGGGGAAAGGGCUUGGGCCCAGAGCACAAAUACUGUUUCCUUUUAAGAUGGAAUAUUAGGAGAACUAGGGAUAGGAAAUGGAUUGCCUGAGAGAGACCAUGGUUGGGAGUGAAUCGGGGUCUGAAAAGCCUUGUUCGGAGGGCCUGGGCUGAAGGAGGGUGGACAUAGAAUCCAGGGGGGAGGGCAAGUCUGGGCCUAACUGUGUGUUUAAAAAGGAGGGAAGGUCUGAUGGAAGCCUUGUUGGCCGGUCUCCAAAUGAAAGCUCUGUCUUAAAAUGUGUGAACCACGAGGUGGGCCUCUGGCCGGUGAGGGGAGCUGGUCUGGGAACCAGAGCUGCAGCUUUACCUCCUGGCCUGAAACUGCCUUUUGGCUCUUGUCACCACAAAAUACAUUUUGCUUUUAGUGCCUGUCGGGGACUUGAUUUUGCUUUCCCUUUUUUCCCGUUUCUGCUACUCACUUGAAAUUUCUUUCCCUCUCCACCUCUUUCAUGGGUGAUCUCCUCCAGGAGACGGGAGCCUGGGGACUUUUCUUCUGGUACUCAUUGGAAUGGCCCUUUUAAGGACUCCUGGUGGCCACACGGGACUUAGCUUGUCUGCAAGCCCCUCUGGACUUGAAAUUGGAGAUGGUCUGUGUUGUCCAGUGAAAUGAGAGCGUUGAGGGUGAGACCUGGGCCCGGCUCCCAGACUCCCGCUUGGGUCCAGCCAGGUCUCCCUGGUUGUGGAAUCGUCCUCCUCUUCCCAGGAGUAGUGGUUCCUUGGUCUCUGUGUGCGUUCUUUUCCCUAGAUUACGAGGCUAUUUGGCACUCGCUACCUACCGCAGGGGUGUGCGUCAUGUGGUUCUGUACCCAAGGGCUAGGACUGUUCAACCAAUUACUUCCUGAUAAUUGACCUAGAAUUGCCCCCAAGAUACUUAACUGCUUGGCUGUACCUUUUGAUCUGACUCAGGCUUUUGCUGCAGUCACUGGGGCUUCUGACGGAUCUGCUGGUUCUCCCCUCCGUACUGGGUCUCAUCUGCCCCCUGCCCUGCCUGACAGCAAUAAUUUGGCCAUCCUAGGGGGCAGGGGUUGGAAGCGUUCCAAUGCACCGGAGUCCUGGCAGCCACCUAAUCCAUCUUUCUAUUCAGGUUUUACUUCCUCUGCAGUGUUCUGCUCUCUGGGAAUUAAAAUACCUUUGUUGGAUUUCCCUCACUAACAAUUAUCCUCACCGGCUCAGUUGAGGUAGCCUGAGGCAGGGCUCAGCCAGGCUUGGGGAGGAUGGGGGAGGGAUAUGGGAUCUGCUGGCACCUUAGAGAGCACCAGACCCUGUCCCUUGGCAGUGCAGAAAUUCCGUCUUGGCUUCUGCAGGUUUUUUGUUCUCUUUCUUUAGAGCUAAGGAGCAAGUUGAUGACUGAGGUCCCCUUGAGUGCCAGCUUUGUUCCUGUUGUGCAAUCAUCUGCUUGGCACCUGGAGCUAAGACGGUGUCCCCAGCUGAUGGCGCUCAGGCAGCAGAGCCGAGAGUGGUCAGAGGCUCCAGGGGCAAGACACUUGUGGGCCUUCAUCUUCUAACAGAACCUUUGACUCUGGUCACUUGAAUUGCCCUUCCAAGUCCUCCCGGAGUGGACCAGACCCCAACUGCCCUGUGCUUUCAGCUCCUCCCUCUGGGUCAGGGCUGCUAACAACCUUGGGCUGUUUCUAACCUGGAGAGAAAAUGUGGAGAGGACACCUGUAGACUUGCAUUUGGCCUCAUUUUGUUGCUUGAGCAGCAAGAUUUCCUUCCCUCCCCCCAAGAGAGAAACCUUGACUCUCUGCCCUUUUUGCAGUGACCAGCAGCUUUAGAUAGCAAUCCUAGGUCCUGUGACCAUUUUAUGACGGUACCCCCGAGGAGCUUUCCUUCUGUCUUGAUUCCCAGGCUGGCCCUUUGUCCUUGAGCUGGGCAGGAGGCAAUUUUCCUUCAUAGCUGUGCUCAAAGGAAGGAACACCUUUCCAUGAUCUAAAAAGUCUGAAGGGGAAGGAAGGGAACAGGAAACAAUGUGGGUGGGGAUGGGGGGAAGGAAUCCCCUUGGGCAUGACCCGUUCUACAGGCAGGAGUUCUCCUCUUUGCCCGGGCCUGGCUGUAGCUGGGCCAGAAAGCUUUCUCCUUCUCCAGGGCCAGUGGCCUGCUAUACCCUAACAGACAUAGGUACAUGACAUUUUUGCUUGGGGGAUGGGGGCUCUUUAUUAUUAUUUUUUAUUUUUGUAUUGUGUAUAUUAGAAACUACUCUAUUGUUGGGUUUUUGCCUCCUGCUUUUGGUGCCCACCUUACACUUUGAGCCAGUGCUGGAAUUGAGUAAUGGCUCCCAGCUGUCCUGAGGCGCCAGUCCAGGAGAGGCCUGAGGCCGUCAUCUCCUGGGGCCACAUUUUAUCCCUAAACUCCUCCCUUCUGCUCCCACUGCCUCAGCUCAACUAAGGCAGGAGAACCUCCAGCCGGGGUUUGAAUCCUGGGGCCGAACACUUCUGUUUGCCCUCUACCCUGGCAUAGUUGCUUGGCAGAGCCAAGGCCAGUCACCUGGCUCUAAUGGGAUGGGUGGGGGUGGGGCAUGGAUGGAUGGCCCUGUGUGGGAGGAAGAACAGGAGGAAGAGAUAUCAGAUUCUGCUCUAGGCUUCAAGCAGGCUAAACUACAGCCGCGUGUCAGAGGAAUAUAUAUAUGGCAAAUGUUUCCUUGAGCCAGUCAGGGCAGCUCCAUUUAAAAAAAAAAAAAAUGCUUUUUCCCAUGGUCCUGAUGUCAGGGGGAAAGCUGCAUCAUGGGGGCCCUGAUUUGACAUUCUGGUGGCCUGAAAGACAGUUGUCUUUGCUUGUUUUUCCUUAAAUUGCUAUUGGCCAAUGUCACUGGGUGUUGAAUGUUCAUAAUUAGUAAAUACCCCUCGGUUUAUGAGUCUCCAAUUUUGUUCUUUUAUCACUUACCCAGGGGACGGGGGCUUCUCUGAAGGGCUGCCGGGAGCUUGGCUUUGGUUUGGGUCCUGUGAGGCCAGACCAAACCUGUCCUGCAUUACCUUAUGCUCCACCCCUCUCCCUCUGGGUGGCACCUGGGAGCUGUUGUUAGAUCUUUGAAUUUUUUUUUAAAAGUUUCAGUUUGAUAUUCAAUGUUUUUGGAGAAGCUUCUGUUUUAAGGAAUUUCUCCUUUCCUUCUCGCUUCAGUCCAUCGCCUGGGAAGUCCUGGUGUCUCAAAAUCUCAGCCAAACUUCAGAAGCACUGGCAGUAUUUUCAAUUGCCCAGCUCUUAUAUAAAUUUUCCUCAAAAGCUACUCACCUUGGGGAGUCCAGGGAAGGAAUUCGCAGGUUUUCUGUCCUUCUUAGGGAAGAGGCAGAGUCGGUCCCUGGGGGACUGGGGAGGGCCCCAGUCAGCACAGUGCCUUUCUUAAUCUCUUUUCUCUCUGUCUCUCUGACCUUUUUUUUUGGUUUGUUUUGUUUUGUUUUUAAACCGGUUUUGAGCCUUGGUAAUGCUCUCUCUAGAUUCAGGUCUGGGCCAGGGGCUAUCCCUUCCUGCAUGUCCCUACCGCACCCCAUUCCCCUGCAAUAAAAAGGUCUGUUUGAUGUGAGAAAGAUGUCCAGUUGAGUCGUGGUGCCUUGGUGGCUGGAUGGCUUAAGUGUUGAUGCUGCCAUCUUCAGCUUUCCUUUGCCAAAAUCCAGAGGGACUCAGGAAGGAGAACUUUAAAGUGUGAAAAAACAUCCCAGUUCUUUGGUGAAGAUCCAGUAGGAGUAGCCUCCCCCUUCCUGGAAAGCCAGAUAAAGGGGAGAUGAGGCCCUGUUGGCCUUCUGAGGCCACAUUGACCCUGCUUGGGAGCUGAUUGGAAUGUGAAAAAUGGAGAUGUUUCCAUCCUCCUAUGGAAGGAUGUGAGUAAGGAUCAGGAGCCUCGGUAAAAGAGGAGUCAUUUAUCCUUCCUUGUCAACCCGGAACGAGCAUCUCCCAGGGUGGAUUGUGAAGUCCGGUCAGCCUUUUCUGGGACAGGAGGGCCAGACCAGGAGUUCGCCUUUGCCAUAGGUGGGCCACAGCUGGAAGGUUUUUUCAGUAGGGCAAGGGAUGUGGCUGUACCCCUUUCUGUGACUUGGCUACCUUCCCAUGGUCUCCUAGUUGCCCUUUAGCCAGGUUUAAUGACCAACCUGGAUUGGAGCUGGGGAACCUGAGGGCAGUUGAAUUGGCAGAAACACAGCAGGGAUGGAUUUUACACUUGGUGUUGGGAUAAGCAGUUCUGGUCCUUGACUGGUGACAGGUAAUGGCCAGCGGGCUGUCCUUAGGGGUCCCUUUCCUCCCAAGCAUCUUGUGAGAGAGAUGCGUGCCAUCCUUACACAGACACCACCCCUUGGACCCACGAGUGGCUCCUUUCCUUUGGGGUUUCAAGUUCAAAUGCUUCCCUUCCAGGAAGGCCAAACGGCUCAGUCAUUAGCAGGCUGGGGUGGGGAGACCGUGCAUGUGAAUACAGCGGGUUGUCUGGCAGGGGUCUGUGGUCCCAAGGUGAAGCAAUGUUCAGGAAGCUUUGGGUCCCUCCUUCCCAGCUCGCCCUUUUCCCUAGUGUGCUUGUGAUCUAGGGAAUGAAAAGAGAUUGGACCCUGGAUCCAUUUCUCCUUUCACAGACUUAGGGGUUUCUGCACUCUUGCCUACUGUGAGUUGGUCUUAAAGCCAGCCAGGAGUGGCUUUUUCCCAACUUGAGCUAAGGGCCGACUUCACCUGCGGUCCUUGGCCUGUUUAGGAAAUGGAGUGGUGGCUCUCCGGAGCUGACCCUGGCUGCCCCAUUCUGGGCAUGUAAGUCCCCAAAGAAGUGUCAAGGUCUCAGCAACCCUUGUUCCCUUUGGACCUCCAGCCCUCACCGCCCCCUCCCCAAGCUGGGCCCCACUGCUUCGGGGUUUGAGCAGCAGGUUUGGAUGGAGGGUUACAAGCCCUAGUGGACUGGAUGGGGGGCGGGGUAAGGGUUCUUUUCUUUCCGAGUUGUUUCCAUCUGUCCUAACUUUCUUUCCUCCCCCUGCCCCCAAAUCAGGAUGUUUUUUCACUGUCCAUUGCUUUGUGUUUUAAUAAACAAUUUGCAGUGAUA